CCUAGAGAAGCCAACAUGCCAGUUGCCAGAAGUUGGGUUUGUCGCAAAACCUAUGUGACCCCACGGAGACCCUUGGAGAAAUUGGAGAAAUUGAGACUUGACCAGGAACUUAAGCUGAUCAGAAAAUAUGGGCUCUGGAACAAAUGUGAGGUCUGGAGGGUCGAAUUUACCCUAGCUAAGAUCCAUAAGGCUGCCUGGGAGCUGCUGACACUGGAUGAAAAGGACCUACGGCGUCUUUUUGAAGGCAAUGCUCUGCUGAGGCAACUUGUUCGCAUUGGGGAGCUGGAUGAGGGCAAGAUGAAGCUGGAUUACAUCCUGGGCCUGAAGAUUGAGGAUUUCUUGGAGAGGCGGCUGCAGACCCAGGUCUUUAAGCUGGGUCUGGCUAAAUCUAUUCACCAUGCCCGUGUGCUCAUCUGACAGUGUCAUAUCAGGGUCCACAAGCAGGUGGUAAACAUUCCAUCCUUCAUUGUCCGUCUGGACUCCCAGAAGCACAUUGAUUUCUCCCUCCGUUCUCCUUAUUGUGGCCAUCCAGGCCAAGUGAAG